GGCCCAGCCCAUUCUGCUCAGACCCGAGCAAACAGCAGACUCUUCUUCCUUACCGCGUGUCCUCUGCUACUCCACACCCCCGCGCGAUCAUUGAGUGGCUCACAAACAGCUGAAGCCAUGGAGGACGCUUACCUUGUGCCGGCGAUCUUGUGGCUGCUGCAAACCAUCCUCGGCACCCUCGGAAUCCGUGAGCUGGAUUCGUGGAUCCGUCAAGCCGGGCUUCAGGAUGACACCGAGAACCUCAAGUCCGAGCUCGCGGUACUCCAGGCGGUGGCCUCCGAUGCGAAGGGGAGGACGCUCCAGAGCGCGCGGCUGGAUAAAUCUCUCGCCGAUCUCAAAAGGUUUCUGUACGACGCCGCCGACCUGGUCGACGAGCUCGACUACUGGAGGCUGCGGCACCAAGUCGAAGGAGUCGCCAACACGGUUUCUAUUUCCCAAGACCCGCUGCCAUCUUCGUCCAAUGCGUACAAUCGCCACGCCUCUGACGGUGUUACCCAGCCUUGCACCGCAGCCGCAACGACUACUGCCGUUACUUUGCAGGAGCCCGAAGGCAUGCAUGAAGCAGCGCGAGUAGAUCAUGGCACAUCGAUGGACGAUGGUGAUAAUAUACUGCCGAGAAGAGGUCGUGGCAAAAAAAGGUCCCCACAUUGGGUUGAUUUUGAGGAAAUAUAUGACACUGAUGGAAAAACCGUGGGGGCAGAAUGUAGACACUGUAAAAAGAAACUUAAAUACGACGGUAAACAAGGGCCAAGAGUCUUGAUGACUCACUCCAAUAGUGCCAAGUGUAAGAAUACGCGAGGAGCACGUCCCCAGCCGCCAAGCCAUUCAAGCAUAGAUGCUGCUGCUGAAAAUGCCACCCCCGUUGCUGUCAUUAAUUCUUCCAGCAUACCAAUAAUAGGAACGAAUCAAGAGCCAACACAAAUUACCUCAGCUAUUGCUCACCCUUGGAAUAAGGACGAAUUUUCCAGCAGGAUGCAGGAAAUAACACGUCAGUUGCAUGACAUCCGAGAGGAUGUGACAAUGAAUAUAAACAUGCUCGGGUUAUACUCUGGUGCAAGUUCAGUUCUCCAUCAAAGUACAGCCUCAGAUCCAUGCCGAAGAACAUCAAGUCUUCUUCAAGGCAAAGUGUAUGGGAGAGACAAAGAGAAGAACACAAUCAUAAAGGUGAUGACUGCUGGGAAAUCUGACAGUGUGACUGUCGUGCCUAUUGUAGGAAUUGGAGGUGCUGGGAAGACAGCUCUCGCACAAUUUGUAUAUAAUGAUCCGAAAGUGCAAAACCAAUUUGACCACAGCACAUGGGUCUGGGUGUCUAACAGCUUUGAUGAAAUGAGAAUCACAAGAGAGAUGUUAGAUAUUGUCCCUCGAGAAAAGCACAAAGGGUUAUGCAGCCUUGACAGACUUCAGCUGGUCUUGAAAACUCAUAUUGAAUCAAAGAGGGUUCUGGUUAUUUUAGAUGAUGUCUGGGAUGACCUGAAUGAUUGCAGAUUUAACCUAAUACUUGCUCCUUUCAAGUCAAACAAUGCAAAUGGCAGUGUGAUCCUUGUGACGACUAGAUAUCUCUCUGUUGCAAAAAGGAUAGGAACGACUGAACCAGUUGUGUUAGGUGCUCUGGAAGAUGACGAAUUGUGGUUAUUGCUCAAAGCACGAGCAUUUGGUAAAGAGAACUAUGAAGCGCAUGGAAAUCUAACGAACAUUGGACAGGAAAUAGCAGGCAAGCUAAAGGGUAACCCAUUAGCAGCAGUAACUGCAGGGGAACUAUUAAGAGUUGAUCUUACUGUUGAUCACUGGAAUAAAAUUCUCAAGGACGAAGAUUGGAAAUUGUUGGGGCUCAGUGGAGGCAUCAUGGCUUCUUUGAAGCGUAGCUAUGAUCAGUUGCCGUACCAUCUACACCAAUGCUUCUCGUAUUGUUCUAUAUUCCCCGACAGUUAUAAGUUUCUUGGUGAGGAGUUGGUCCGUAUUUGGAUUUCACAAGGAUUUGUCCAACAGAGCCACCAUCCAAGUAAGAAAUUAGAGGAGAUAGGAAUGGACUAUCUGGCUGAUUUGGUGAACCUGGGAUAUUUUCAGCAAGUUCAAAAAGACUCCUUUCUAGUCAGUCAAAAUUCAUAUGUUGUGUCUGGUCUUAUGUAUGAUUUUGCAAAGAUGGCUUCAAGAGCUGACUGCGCAAUUAUAGAUGGUCUAUGUUGGGAUUCACCGGAUUAUCACUUGCGCCUCCGUAAGCUCGCAAGAGAAGUGGGCUGGCGAUUUUCUGGAAGACUGUCGAACACACACACUCCAUUCCUUGUCAGAGAUAAGUACACAAUACAUUUUACAUUUUGGUCCUUGCCAAACUUCUAUCUUUGCUUACAGGUACUACCAACAGUCUACAAUGCAAUGAUAUAUUGCCAACUGUACAGCAUUUGAUAAUAGUAUACAACAAAUAU